AUGGUGAAACUGAUUCGAUCUAAAGGUGUUCCAGUGCAGAGAGGCAUCCAGUGCUGUGUGCAGUAAUCCCAGGGGAAACUCCGCGCUACAGAGGUGAGCUUUGAAAUGCAGACAGCAGGGCUGGACUGCACCAUCCUAGCACUCAUUCUGUACAGGAAGCAGGCUGUGAAGUGUGCUGACCCCAGGAACCGCAGAGUGAAGAGGAUACUGUGCAAGGAGUCAGGGAGACUAUCUUCUUUUUAUUUUGCUCUAGUACGUCAUGGCUCCUGUCUUUUGAAAACCAUUAAAAAAAAUAUUGGCACUGGCUCUGACUGCUGUGAUGCCAAACUUUUGGCCAGUAUAUCUCGGAAUAGGAACGUCUCCUUAUCUUCGGCGCUGCUUGACCCAAAGUUAGACCAAAGCUCAUCCUACAGGGGUGGGAACGGGUUUUGA